AUGGAUCACACAUCCCCUGCCCCUCCGCCACCGAUGCCUGAUGGAGCAUUUGGUACAGUUAUCCAAUUGGCGAACGUAUCUUCCCGGCCGGAUGGAGAACUGGGCAACAAUCACAACAAUUCCCAACACCACCAUAACCCGUCCGACUACACUCAUCAACGCGGCCUCAAAAGUCGAGAAAGCGAAAUGAGUGAAAACCCUCGCUCAUCUAAGCAAAUUCGAAUGGAUAAUGGUGCACCUCAUGCUGGUGUAGAUGCUCAAGCGUUGUCGUGGGCGCCCACCGCGCCACCCGCGUACCCAGGUCACGGCUUGGACCAAAGCGGCAUGCCGGGUCUGACGCAUGGCGAUGCAAAUGCAUUUGAUGCUGCUGCUCAUGAUGUGAGUGCUUAUGGUGAUGCUUCUGGUGUCCAGAAUGAUCAGACUCGUAUGGCUCCGCCGCCACCUGUGGCCAACACAGCGUCUGAGCAAGCCAAGCUCACGUCUGAGCAAACGGGUCUUGUCGGUGCGCGUGGUAAGACAGGUAUGACGCGCACACUCAGCACGAGUCGUCGUGCCGAACAGAACCGUAAUGCUCAGCGCGUAUUCCGCGAACGCAAGAACAAGUAUAUUUCUGACCUAGAGAGCAAGGCUGCUUCUUUGGAGAGUGCACUUCUUGCGGCUGAGGAGCAUCGCCGCCGUUUCAAUGAAGCUAUCGAAACGAUUGAAAUACUCAAGCGCGAUAACGACACGCUCCGAGUGGCGCUCCGCGCUCUUGGUGGUCACCAGGCUGUACCGAGUGCACCUGCCCUUCCUAUUGACCGCCCUUCACAUACGCCUGCAUUAUUGUCCACGUUCCAUCACCAACACGCUGGUGCACCUGCGCCUCCUGCUCGCGGUACAGAACAUGACGAUCCUGCGCAUGCACAAGGUCAGCCACCGACGAUACACGAGUCGACCGAUCACGCGGCGCAGGAUCCUGCCACAGCAGCAGCUGUAGCAGCAGCAGCUUCGGGGGGUGCGCCCUACUGGUUGCUGGAGGCUGUGUCCAACGCCAACCAGCAACACGGCUUUCAUGUCCCGAACCACUUUUCGUCCCAACUAGCUGACAGUGGCAUGGCAGCUGGACCGCACGCACACAUGCACCCAAAUGACCCCAAUGCCAUGCGGGCGCGUGGUGCCAUACAGCCGCAGCGUGCUGAGGGUAUGCUGGAUCCAUCUCUUGAGCAUGCGACUUUGGGUGAAGCGUCGCGUGCGCCGGGGCGAGUGCAGGGCGAAGAGAAUAAAGGCGAAGGUAUUGACGCAGCAGGAAACCCAGAUAACCUUGCCUCUCUCAGUGCGGUGGCGGCGGCCGCUGCCGCUGCCGCUGCUUCGCAAAAGGUGAACACUUGA